AUGCCGUUGCUCGCGAGCAAGAAGGACAAUGCCGCCUCGGCAGCGGCGCACCACCCUAUCUCGGCGCACCACAAUCCCAGCGCCGUCACCGUGAGCCAUCUCGCCGGCCCUUACCGAGCUCCUGUACCGCCGAGCCUCAGUGAGGUGGAGAUCCAGGAGCUUCGGAAGCAGACCCGGCAGUGCAUGCUCGCGGUUGGCAUGUUCCUCUCGGGGACGGCCAACACCAUCACUAUCAAGGCAGCGAUGAGCACACUCGCCGUCGGCCGAGACGGCGGCGACCCGAGACCGUUUGACCACCCAUUCGUCGUCGCGGGAUUUAUGUUCGUUGGCGAGAUCUCCUGCUUGCUUGUGCACUACAUGACACGCGCGCGGGGCUGCCGCAAGCGCUACAACACCAACGUGUGCGCGCUGCCCGCAAUGUUUGAUAUUAGCGCGACCUGCAUCAUGUACAGGCGCCUCUGGCCCUUCCACUGGUGCGCCCUCUUCAGCGUCUGCGUCGGCGCCGCCGUCGUCGGCUACGCGUCGCUGCUAGUGGCCCCGGCCGAGGCCGGCGGCGCCUCGCCAGCGGACGGCGAGCACGGCCUCUGGCAGCGGCUGCGCGGCGACGCGCUGGUGGUGGUGUCGCAGCUCUUCGUCGCGACACAGAUGUGCAUCGAGGAGCGCUUCGUCACCGGCCACGACAUGCCCGCCCUCCUCACCGUCGGCUGCGAGGGCCUGUGGGGCCUCUUCGGCCUCUUCGUCCUCCUCGCCCACACGCCGGGCGCGCACGGCCACCCGGUAGAGGAUACCAUCGACGCGCUCGCCCAGAUCCACAACAGCCCGCGCGUGCUCGCCUUCCUCGUCGCCAACGCAUGCUCGAUUGCGGCCAGCGCUGCCUACCGCAUGGUGCUCGACUCGAUGCGGACGAUUGGCGUGUGGGCCUUUGGGCUGGCCUUCGCGGGCGAGAGCUUCCACCCCCUCCAGCUGGUCGGCUUCGCCUUCCUCGCCCUCGGGGCGAUGCUCUACAACGAGGCGGUCGCGCUGCCGUGCUCCGCCGCCUACCCGAGCGAGCGGCAGCGCGAGGAGGACAAGGCGCGGCUCGCGGAGCGGCGGCUCGUCUCGGCGUCGCGCAGCUCGGGCCGGCUGUCGUCUGCGGAGGAGUGCCACGCGUCGGCAGACUACCGCCUCUACGAGCUCUCGGACGCGGAGGCGGGCGGCGAGCGCCUCUUCGACGACUUUUUCACGCCGCACCUGUCCCGCUGGACCGCGCACUUCAACCGCUGA